AUGGGAUUAUGUGGAGAAGUUGGUAAUAUAGAUAAAACAAAAAUUUAUGGAGUUAUGCCUUAUGUGGCUCCUGAAGUAUUAAGAGGAAAACCUUAUACUCAAGCAGCAGAUAUCUAUAGUUUUGGUAUGAUAAUGUAUUUUGUAGCUACUGGAAGACAACCUUUUGGUGACCGUGCACAUGAUCACUGUCUUGCAUUAGAUAUUUGCAAAGGAAUUAGACCUGAAUUUAAUGAGUCAGAAGCACCAAGAUGUUAUAUUAGUUUAAUGAAAAAGUGUUGGGACUUAGACAAAAAUGAUAGACCAAAUAUUUUUGAGGUAGAUGAAUUAAUCACAUCAUUUUAUAAGUCAUAUGGAGGGAAUCUUUUUAGUAUAGAAAAUAAAGAAAUUGAAAUGCAAUUUAAGGAAGCAGAAGAAUAUAGAAAAGCAAAUCUUACAUCCAUUGAAAAUUACCAAAUAAAUACCCAUCCACAAGCUAUUUACACAUCUCGAUUACUUAAUCCUUUUACAGAAGAUCUUCCAAAAUAUGAUGAUGAUUAUAAUUCUCAAUGUUUAGAUCAA